GGAAAACUUGAAACUUUACAAACUUUACAAACUUUAAAACUUUAAAAGUUUACAAACUUUAAAAGUUUUACAAACUUUAAAACUUUACAAACUUUACAAACUUUACAAACUUUAAAAGUUUUACAAACUUUAAAACUUUACAAACUUUACAAACUUUAAAAACUUUAAAACUUUACAAACUUUAAAAACUUUAAAACUUUACAAACUUUACAAACUUUAAAACUUUACAAACUUUAAAACUUUACAAACUUUAAAACUUUACAAACUUUAAAAGUUUACAAACUUUACAAACUUUAAAAACUUUACAAACUUUAAAAGUUUUACAAACUUUAAAAACUUGAAGAAAACAUAAAUUCAGACACUCUGAGGUCUCCUUUAAUUUAGAAUCAGGAGUGAAUAAAGAAACGUGUGAAUCUUCGGCAGAGUCGGACAGAGAUCAAUAAUUCAGACUCUGAUGGACAGAAAGACGGUCAGAGACCGAGACGAGUUCCUGCUUUAUUCUCAGAUCCUCUUUUACUCCUCUGUCCCACUCUCUCUCUCUCUCUCUGUUUCUCUCCUCUUCUUCUCCUCUUCUCCUCCUCCUCCUCUAAAUCAAACGUUGUUUUCCGUUUUUCUGGAGCGCCCUCUGCAGGACUCUGACUGUAACAGGAGUUUGUGAUCUGAACUCGUCCGUUAAAUUCAGGUUUUGUCUGUAGAUUUAAACCGACUCUGAUUUUUGUCUGACUGAGGAGGAAAACUGAGAGAAUUUCUGUUUUUAUUUUAGAAUAAAGUGAAACUUUAGAUGGUGACAGCAGCAGAUCAGAGGACGUUUUACAGCUUACUCAGAGUUUCAUCUCUUUACUCUGGAUUAUUGAUUAUUAUUGUUCUUUAUUCUUUACUCUUUAUUUAUUAUUAUUUAUUAUUAUUUUUACUCUUUAUUCUUUAUUUAUUAUUAUUUAUUAUUAUUGUUCCUCUUUAUUCUUUAUUUAUUAUUAUUUAUUAUUAUUUUUACUCUUUAUUCUUUAUUUAUUAUUAUUUAUUAUUAUUGUUCCUCUUUACUCUUUAUUUAUUAUUAUUUAUUAUUAUUGUUCCUCUUUAUUCUUUAUUUAUUAUUAUUUAUUAUUAUUUUUACUCUUUAUUCUUUAUUUAUUAUUAUUUAUUAUUAUUUUUACUCUUUAUUCUUUAUUUAUUAUUAUUUAUUAUUAUUGUUCCUCUUUACUCUUUAUUUAUUAUUAUUUAUUAUUAUUGUUCCUCUUUAUUCUUUAUUUAUUAUUAUUUAUUAUUAUUUUUACUCUUUAUUCUUUAUUUAUUAUUAUUAUUACUCUUAAUUCUUUAUUUAUUAUUAUUUAUUAUUAUUGUUACUCUUUACUUUUUACUCUGUAUUAUUGAUUAUUCUUUACUCUUUAUUUAUUAUUAUUUAUUAUUAUUGUUACUCCUUAUUCUUUAUUUAUUAUUAUUUAUUAUUAUUUUUACUCUUUAUUCUUUAUUUAUUAUUAUUUAUUAUUAUUGUUACUCUUUAUUAUUUAUUAUUAUUGUUACUCCUUAUUCUUUAUUUAUUAUUAUUUAUUAUUAUUGUUCCUCUUUAUUAUUAUUUAUUAUUAUUGUUACUCUUUACUCUGUAUUAUUGAUUAUUCUUUACUCUUUAUUUAUUAUUAUUUUUACUCUUUAUUCUUCCUCUUGACUCUUUAUUUGGUUUCCAGCUUUCAGACCCUUCUCUCUCUCUCUCUCUCUCUCUUUUGCUCGGCCGUUUCUCCGCAGAAACUGUCAGUAAAAACAGACGGAGGAUUACUGUGGAUGCUGCACUCUGAUUGGCUGACGGCUUCUCAGCAGCACACAGAGGUUUCAGGAAGUCAGUGGGACACGGGGAGGAGGAUUAGACGGCAGGGAUAUUGUUUUAUACAGAAAAGGUUUUAUUAAUCACUGAAACUGUAAAAGUCUGAAUCAUGUUCACCCAGAUUUUGUUUCUAAUCUCUGGGAUUAACUCAGCGGCACAGAAACGCUGACCUUUUGCUCUCGUUGUGUAAAAAGUGAUGAAUGAAUGAAGGAGGUCGUGAGUCUUUUACCGACACAAACUUCGGUCUUUGACGACUGUUUCUGUUUCUGUUCUCCUUUAAGUCUCUGAAUCUGAACAACACUUCACUCUGUCAUGUUUCACCUCCUCCUCCUCCUCCUCCUCUUCCUCCUCGUCUUCGUCGUGUUUAUCUCUCACUGUUUCACUUUGACUCCUCGUGUCCUGUUUCCUUCACGGUCUCUGCUGACUGACGGGGAUUUCUGCAGCGCUGCGUUUGCUCGAUCACAUCUCUUCAUCUCUAAACGCUCGCUCACCUUUCAGAGAUUUCCUCAGCGACGUUUUUAAAGAUGAAUCAGCUGUUCAAUCUUUACGACUCAGUUAACCGAGUUCAGAGGAGAGAACGCCCUUUUCUCUCUCGCUCGCCCUGAUUCUCUUUCCUCCUCCGGGGGUUUUUCCCUCGGGGUCUGUCUGAGUUAACUUUGAAGUUUCUAACCGUGAGAAAAUAAAUUUAUCAAGCGUGACAGAAAACCACUGACUCUUCAGAUCGAGUCGCAGCAAAGUGAGACGAUGAGGAUGAACGUGUGACAGGAAGGAGGACAGGUGAAGACUAAACCGUUCGACCCCCCAGGUGUGUUCCCCACAGAGGACACAGUGUGGGUGGGAGCCGUGGACGUGUUCAGACCUGAGCGAAAACAAACACAGAUUCAUUAUUAUUAUUAUUAUACUUAUUAUUAUUAUUAUACUUAUUAUUAUAAUUAUUAUUAUUAUUAUUAUUAUUAUUAUUAUUAUUUUUAUUAUAAUAAUAAUAAUAAUAAUAAUAAUUAUUAUUAUUAUUAUUAUUAUUAUAUUUAUAAUAAUAAUAACAAUAAUAAUAAUAAUAAUUAUUAUUAUUAUUAUUGUUAUUGUUAUUAUUAUUAUUAUUAUUAUUAUUAUUAUUAUUAUUAUUAUUAUUAUUAGGGUCAUGUCCGUCAUUCAAACUUUCUUUAUACUGUAAAUGUCUGAGUUGGUAAAAUAAAAACUUUAUUUAUUAUUUUCAAUAUGAGUCAAUGACUCUGACACCUUUUUUCUACAGCUUCUAGUGUAAACACCUCUGUGUGUGUGUGUGUGUGUGUGUGUGUGUGUGUGAGUGUGUGUGUGUGUGUGUGUGUGUGUAUGUGUGUGUAUGUGUGUGUGAUAGUAAAGUCUCUCUCUCUCUCUAACUGAAUCAGUUUCAGCUGAUUAAUAAAACAUGUUGGAACAGAAACUCUGAAGUUGACUCCUGUGAGAAAAUCUUCUCAGAUUCAGAGUUAAAAAAAAACAGCAGGACGGUUGAUUUCCCUGUUUUUUUUCUCCCUGUCAUGACACGCCCGCUCUCGCCUGCUCUCGCCCGCUCUCGCCUGCUCUCGCCCGCUCUCCUCUCUGCUGACGAUGAAGAAUCGUUAAUGAGACUCUGUUUGUUUUUUACCUCCAGUCUUUUCUAACCUUCGUUAAAAUCGUCUGUUUUUCCUCCUCCAAGAGUUCCUGAAACCUUAAAUCUCCUUUUUUAGAGCUGGUUUCUGUCUCCGCUCUCAAACACAGGAGUCAAAACUGUCUCUGUGACAGGUGACGUGUUUAACCAGAGAGGAUGCUGGGAGAUUUUGUCCUCAGACCACAGAUCCGCUCGUUUUCUGUUUCUUCAGUCCUGAGAUCUAAACUUUAAAACAGCCGAGAGUUUGAACUAAAAACCUGAAGAGAAAACCAGAUCAUUGAUCAUCAGGAAUUUAUCAGGAAUUUAUGAGUGAAGGAGACCCUGAGAUCAGUGUGACAACAUGAUGACCUUUGACCUUCACCACCUACAGGGUCAAUUUACCUCCAAACUGAAGAAAUCCGAGUUUGUUCAUCAUCAGAUUUAAUAAAAAACACGGAUCUGCAGACCUGAUUCCUCUGUCCACCUGAACGCUGUGACUCUUUAACUUUUUUACUCUUAAACUCUUUAACUCCUUAACUCUUUAACUCUUUAACUCUUUAACUCUUUUGUUCUUUAACUCUUUUACUCUUUAACUCUUUAACUCUUUAACUCUUUUACUCUUUAACUUUUUUACUCUUUAACUCCUAAACUCUUUAACUCUUUAACUCCUAAACUCUUUAACUCUUUUGUUCUUUAACUCUUUAACUCUUUAACUCUUUAACUCUUUAACUUUUUAACUCUUUUACUUUUUAACUCUUUUAUUAUUAACUCUUUAACUCCUAAACUCUUUAACUCUUUUGUUCUUUAACUCUUUAACUCUUUUACUCUUUAACUCUUUAACUCUUUAACUCUUUUACUCUUUAACUUUUUUACUCUUUAACUCCUAAACUCUUUAACUCUUUAACUCCUAAACUCUUUAACUCUUUUGUUCUUUAACUCUUUAACUCUUAAACUCUUUAACUCCUAAACUCUUUAACUCUUUCACUUUUAGUUCUUUAACUUUUUAAGUCUUUAACUCUUUUGUUCUCAAACUCUUUAACUCUCAGACUCUUUAACUCUUUUGUUCUUUAACUCUCAGACUCUUUAACUCUCAGAGUGUUGUUUUGGGACGUCUCUCCUCAUCCUCGUGUGUUUUUCUCUCCUCCUCCUCCUCCUCCUCCUCCUCCUCCUCCUCCUCCUCCGUCUCCAGACUACCAGCGGUUGAUGACGGUGGCUGAAGGCAUCACCACGCUCUUGUUUCCCUUCCAGUGGCAGCACGUCUACGUCCCCAUCCUGCCCGCCUCUCUUCUCCACUUCCUGGACGCUCCUGUCCCCUACCUGAUGGGUCUUCAGUCCAAAGACGGGACGGACCGCUCCAAACUGGAGCUUCCUCAGGAGGUAAGAAGUCCGUGUUCUUCCACAGAUGUCUGAGGGUCGAGAUUUUAGAGUUUAGAUCCACGUUAGUGUCAGGAGAUCCGGUCCAUCUUUGGUUCUGGUGUCAAUCAAACAGGUUUUGAAGAGACACGAAUCAGAACUCUGGACUCUGGACUCUGGACUCUGGACUUUAAACAGAAACUCUCUAAACAACCAGAGAGGAUUUAGAAUUUUGUUUGUCUGCAACUUGACCUGAAGGCGUCCUGGAGAGUCUGAGGUGGAUCUGGAGAGUCUGAGGAGGAUCUGGAGAGUCUGGAGUGGAUCUGAAGAGGAUCUGGAGAGUCUGAGGUGGAUCUGGAGAGUCUGAGGAGGAUCUGGAGAGUCUGGAGUGGAUCUGGCCCCUCUUUUCUUCUUCUGUGUUUCGGUGCCGACACUGACGGCGUCUGUCUGGUAUUUGGCGCCCGCCGUGUGUUCCUGGUUGUGUGGCGCUCUGUGCGCUCGCUGUAUUCAUGUGUUAAAGCGAGAUAAGACCCCAACAAAGCCCCACAUCCCGACUCGUCAGCUUCCGGCUCUGCUCACAUCCCCAGACUCCCAGCGCUCGUUAAUCCGGAAAAUUCUGUGUGGAUGUUAAUGAUGGCAGCCGCCACAGAACGCCGCCGCUGCCCCCCAAACGGAGCCCCCCCCCGCCCGUGUUUGUGAACGAGGCUUUGAAGUGGAGGUGACCCAGAAACGGCGGCGGAUGAUGAAGGAGCGGCCUGAAGCAGAAUCUGGAUGUAAUGAAGCUCUGCCUUUUUGAACCCGUCUCCUCUGUGGACCGCCGUCACGUCGAAUCAUAACGAGCUGCAGACGAGACGACGAGACGGUCAGCGUUAGAGACGUCAACGUUCUCGUCUCUGUUUGUGCACAAGAACAAAAAAAACCUCAGCGUCAGUCUUCAGGGUCUGUUUUCAGGUCGGGUUCAGAGGUCACCACGUUAUGAAGCGUGGCGUUCGUUCAGACGGGCGCUGACGUAGAUCUGAGCCCACGGUUCAUCAGCUGAUCAGUGGAAACCUCUCUGGACACGGGCGCUUCACUGCGGCGUUCCCCUCGGCGGGAUGAAGAAAGGAUCAUCAGGAGUCUUUGCUGCUGCUCCUCCUGCCUGGACUCCUGAAGGAGCAGCGAGGAGGUGGAGGAGCAGAGCCGAACUAAACCUUUAGAGCGUCGGCCGACCGCCGUUUUUGACCAUCAGGUUGUCCAGCUGAGAGACGAAGGUCUGAUCGAGUGUCUUCAGCUGAUCUGAGGAAGAUUUCUUCAUCAAAGUACCAAGAAAGUGGAGCUUUAGCGCCCUCUUCUGUUUGCAGGGGGGUUUGCAGAGACAUAGAGGAUUCAUAUUCAGAUGGGGCGGCAGCAGCUCAGGAGGUAGAGCGGUCGUCCAAUAACCGGAAGGUUGGCGGUUCGAUUCCCCCCUAAUCCAAGUCUGUCCGUUGUGUCCUUGAUCAGGACACUAACCCACCUCCCUCCCAGUGUGUGUCCUCCACUGGUGUGUGACUGUGAGUGUUGUGUGGUGGUGGUCGGAGAGACCGUAGGCGCAGAAUGGCAGCCAUGUUUCCGUCAGUCUGCCCCAGGUCAGCUGUGACUACUAAGUUAGUUUACCACCAAAGUGUGACUGUGUGAGUGAAUGAAUGAAUGAAUGAAUGAAUGAAUGAAUGAUGGAUCCAAAGAGCUUUGAGGGUCUCCCCUCUCCCCGCACACACAAACACACACAAACACGCACACACAAACACACACAAACACACACACACAAACACACACACACACGUGUUUCUGCGGUCCGUGUCGCUCGGUUGGUUGAAGUCAGAAUGACGACUCAGAAGAGGAACUCUGACAAACUCGUGAACGCCGUUUAUUUCCUGAUGAAACUCAAAACUACGGAAACAGAAGAGAGUCAGUUUUUGAUGAACUCGUGUCGCUCCUGAAAAUAUUCGUCAUUUCUACGAUGUUGGGAUUCCGAUCCUGUAAAGCGGUUCAAAAUCCGGUUUUAAUCCUGGAUGAGAGAGUGAGGGAAACUCGGCUGUUAUUGACCCACAUCCUCGCCGCCGCCGCCGCUGCUGCAGGGCCUGAAAAAACGAGGAUUCUGGGAAAAUUGGAGCUAAAAGGACUUUUCUGUUUCAGGAUGAAACUCUGACCGAUCAGCAGAGCAGGUUUGAGGAGGAAGGAAACGUUUUCUCUCCUCACUGACUUCCUCACUCUCUUUCUGUUUCCUGUUGUCGUCCCGGUAACAGACGGCGUUUCCUGGUGGACGUUCAGGAUCCGUUCUCCUAAAGUUCACGGACGAGUUUGUUAAAGACGAGUUUGAUUUUCAUCGUUUUAUUUCAACUUCAUUCUGAUAUUAAACGCUCAGUUUCUGUCUUAUAGAAACAUGAUCUGGAUCUGCUGACUCCGCCCCUCUGAUGGCGUUCUAAUCUUUUCUUCUCUCGUAGGCGAAUCUGUGUUUCGUGGACAUCGAUAACCACGCCAUCGAGCUUCCUGAGGACUUCCCCCAUUUUCCUAACCAGUCUGAGUUCGUCCAGGAGCUCGGCGAGGUCCUGCUCAGCUUCGGCGUUUCGGCGAACACCGGGGUCCCUCCGCGGAUACGCACACCCGGCAGCGCCCCCGGCAGCGCCCCCUCCACGCCGGGCCGGGAGCGCCGAACGGCUGCUCUCCGUCAGCUGGAGGAUGACGGGCGUAACGGAAACCUGGCGGGCGAGGAGCUGGCUGUGCUGGAGCUGCUGCAGGGAAACGCCACGCUGGAGAGGCUGCAGGCGCUGACCAAACGCACCGGGGUUACGGUGGCUCGGGUGGACGCCCUGAGAGCCGGGGUCAAAGGUCAGAGCACUGAGGGUCAAGGUGGACGGACUGCAGCUGAAGAGGAGGAGCUGAGGAACGCCAAACUGAACGUGCAGCUGAGGGAGGUGUUCGCCAGCCGCUUCACCGCCAUGUUCGCCGACUACGAAUCCUUCGUCAUCCAGAGCGCGCCGAACCUCGAGGCCUGGCUGACCAACCGGGAGCAGAUGCACAACUUCGACAAGGUGUGUGUGUGUGUGUGUGUGUGUGUGUGUGUGUGUGUGUGUGUGUGUGUGUGUGUGUGUGUGUGUGUGUGUGUGUGUGUGUGUGUGUGUGUGUGUGUGUGUGUGUGUGGGGGGUGUUCUGGUUUUUAACUUCCUGUUUACGUUGACCUGUGACCUCCUGAAUUGUUGAGAUUAUUUGAAUAUAUUUGAGAAACAGGAGGAAAAAAAACGAGUUUAAUUUGUUUUUACAGAUAAUUUAUUAAUAUUUUCAUUAUAAAAAUAUUUUAUGUAAAAAAUGUUAAAUUAAAAUUAUUAAUAUUUUUUUCAAAUAAAAUGUUAAAAAAGUUUUAAUAAUAUUUUAAUGAAUGUUUGAGUAAAAAGUAAACUCUCACAGUUUCACUCAGAACAGAAACGUUUGACUCCGCCCCCUCACACUUUUGUUCCGUCUCUGUUUUUUUAAAUCUCUGUUAUUGUUUAAUGACCGUGAAAAAGCCGAGGAUUCUGGGUAUUUUGGCGUUGUUUAACGAUGGUUGGUGGCUCUCUCUUCUCGUUCUUCCCUCAGGCCUCCUUCCUGUCCGACCAGCCGGAGCCGUACCUGCCGUUCCUCUCCCACUUCAUCGAGACGCAAAUGUUCGCCACUUUCAUCGACAACAAGAUCAUGUCUCAGUGGGAGGAGAAGGAGCCGCUGCUCCGAGUCUUCGACGCACGCAUCGAAAAAGCUCGCCUCUACAACGUCCGCGCUCCCAGCCUCCGAUCCUCCAGCUACCAGAGGUGCUCCGUCCUCAAGGAAGCCGGUAAGAGAAACGCCAACGGGGUCUGAGCGCCGUGACGGCGGGACCCCGGGGUCCAGAUACCUCAGAGCGAAAACCGUCAUGGACCUCCUGACGACUCAGAGACCAACGAGACGUUCAGACGAAGUUCAUUCAGAGAAUCACUGAAAACACAGAAAAGACAAAUAAAAACAAUGAAGCUCUUCAUCUGAAACGUCACUGAGUAGACCUUUAAACACUCAGUAAGAGGAUCACAGGGGGGCCGUCUGUCCGUCCGUCUGUCCGUCUGUCGCCAUUUAAAGGAUCGCCAUCGUCCAUUAGCAGAGGUCAGACUGUAUUUACCUGCUACAUAAAAAAUACACAAACACUCUGUAGUCUCCUCCUCCUCUCUCCUCUCCUCCUCCUCUCCUCCUCCUGUCUCUCCUCCUCCUCCUCUCUCCUCUCUCCUCCUCCUCUUUUCUCCUCUCCUCCUCCUCCUCCUCUCUCCUCUCUCCUCCUCUCUCCUCUCUCUCCUCCUCCUCUUCUCUCUUCUCUCCUCCUCUCUCCUCUCCUCCUCCUCCUCUCUCCUCCUCCUCCUCCUCCGUCGCCCUCGAUCAGCUGUUCCUCUCCUGUUAUUCUGUCACGCCUCCUCUGACCCUCACUUCGGCGCUCUCGUGUCCACUGCCGCCGUGUAAAGCUCUAAUUGUUGAGGGUGAGGUCAUUCGUGGGCGGCGAUGCGUUCAGGUUCACAAUCACUCAGACAAAAGGCAGCGGCGCCCUCCUCGCCUGCACACCUGUCUGUCUUCCUCUGUGGCGUCUCGCUCCUCUGCCUUCGCUCGCCGCUCGGCGUUUGCUGCAGAGCUGGGAUUAACGCUGCAGCUCCUGUCAGACCCGAAGAAGUUCAGAGGAAGAGCGAGGAGACGAAACCCAGACGGACGGACAAACAGAGCGUCGCUGACAGACGUCUGUUUUCUCCGUUAUUUGGAAACAGACUCGCCGCUGUAAAGAUCUCUGCGUUCUCAUUGGUCGUCCUCAGAUCUCUGCGUUCUCAUUGGUCGUCCUCAGAUCUCUGCGUUCUCAUUGGUCGUCCUCAGCAGGUUACAGGGUUACUUGUAGGAGUUUAACGCCAACACUCACAGAGAGAAAAACAUUUUAGGGUUUUAAUGUCGGUUAAAGUUGUGAGAGAGAGAGAGAGAGAGAGACGCUCCCUCACUUCUCCUCUUGGCCUCUCAUAGUUGAUCGGAGUCUCAGUUCAAUCAUCAGAUUAUCAUAAAUUAAAGAUUCUGUAGGAGAAAAUAAGGUCGUCAUGGUAACAGAGUCAGACUUUCUGGGGUUAACGUGAUCAUCUGUGUUUGUGCUGCAGCUCAGGCCAUCGAGCAGCGUCUCCUGAAGAUCGACCACACGGCCAUCCAUCCUCACCUGCUGGACAUGAAGAUCGGUCAGGGACGGUUCGAGCUGGGCUUCUUCCCCAAACUGCAGGCUGACGUCCUCAACACGGGGCCGAGCAACAACAAGUGAGUCAGAGAACGAAACGACUGACCAGACAAAGUCUGAUUCCACAUCUCUGCAGUUUCACUCAAACAUGUUUAAACUCAGAUCAGGUCCUGGUUUAUUGUCUACAGUGUUAGUUCAGGCAGGCCACAAAGUUCAGCUCUGAUAUCAGCUGACAGCUCAGAGGGUUAUCCUCCAUGAGUCUGGAUCUGGAUCUGCUGAGCUACUCGGCUCCUCAAUCGUACUGAAGGGUUGAUUGAACAAUAACAAUAAUGAUAAUAAUUGAUGAUAACAAUAAUAAUGAUAAUAAUAAUUAAUUUUAAUAAUAAUAAUAAUAAUAAUAAUAAUAAUAAUAAUAAUAAUAAUAAUUAAUUAUAAUAAUUAAUUAUAAUAAUAGUAAUAACAAUAAUAAUAAUGAUGAUAAUAAUAAUAAUUAUUAAUUAUAAUUAAUAAUAAUAAUAAUGAUAAUAAUAAUAAUGAUAAUAAUGAUAAUAAUAACAACAAUAAUAAUAAUAAUAAUAAUAAUUAAUGAUAAAAAUGACAAUAAUAAUGAUAAUUAUAAUAACAACAACUGCUUCUACUAUUAUUAAAAAUAAAGUAGUAAAAUAUAAAAAUGAUAUUAACAGUAAUAAUGACGUUGAUGAUAAUGUUAAUAAAAAUAUAAAUAAUGAUCAUAUUUUUAAUAAUAAUAGUGAUAUUAAAUAAACGUGUCCCGGUGGGUUGCAGGUGGUCUCACAGAACUUCAACACCUCAGCGAAGGAAAGAGCGACACCGACAACAAUCAGAGCACCUGAACCUGGACAAUGACCUGAAAGAGGUGACAAAAACCGAUCACAUGACCCUCAGCCGGGUCUUUGUCCUUUUCUCUUUCUUUUCUGCACUUGUUUGUUUUCUGUCUUCGUCUUCAUGUCUUCAUAUUUCUGUUCUUUUUGUUUCUUUUCAUCCUUCCUCUGCAUGUCGUCUCUGUUUUCUUUCCCUUCUCUCUUUGGUUUCUGUCCUCUCCUGCACGCCGCUCGCCCGCUCGCUCGCUCGCUCGCUCGCUCGUCUGUCCUGUGCUGGUUGGUUGGGUUGGGUUCUGCUUGCGUCGUGGUCGUCCCCCUCGUCUUCCUCCUCCUCCUCCUCCUCCUCGGCAGGUGGAGGGAUGUCUGGUCCUGCAGAACUCUAUGGCAUUUUGGGAGUGGGACAAAGCGUCCCCUCUGCCCCUCAAACCGCCUAAAAAAUCGGCGUCUGCGUCCUGCCUGGUAGGUGGAGGAGCUGUUUGUGUCACAGACCCCGUCUUGCAGCCCUCCCUCCACCCAUGCUCCCAUUUCCACCACCCACAUUUUCCCCACUAUGACGGGACUCUGUGAGCACCAUCAGGUCACGUGUUUCUUAGUAAACUCCAGUUGUCCUCAUUCUUGGCAUGUUGUUGAUUUAGUCUGAGAGGGCGGAGCUAGAAUAAAGUCACCUGGUCGUUACUCAGAAGAGAGACGGCAGAAGUUUUUACUUUUUAUACCCCUAAUUAUGCCAAAGGCGUUAAUACAACUGGAACAGGUGAGAUGAUCAAUAGAGAAAUAAGCUUUCAACAUUUUAAUAUGGAGCUCUAUGGGGAUUGACUCACCUGUGGAGUCGACCUCUAGUGGACAUUUAAAGAACUGCAGGUUUUGGCGCCUGUGGUUUGUCCAUCUCAGUUUGUUUGUUUGUUUGUUUGUAGUUCAGUCAGAAACUCUGUCAUCAAAAUAAUCAAUCAGCCAACAAGUAAUAAUUGAUCUGGAGGCUAAAACCCGGGGAAGGGAGAGCACACCUGACACCUGUGCUCUCACCAGGAGCCAAGGCAGGGCGCCAAGGCAGGGCGCCAGACAGGGCGGAGCCAAGGCAGGGCGCCAGACAGGGCGGAGCCAAGGCAGGGCAUCUAGGCAGGGCGAGCAGCAGUAGAGAGCUGUGAGGUGAAGCAGGAGGAGCUUCAGCUUCACUACAAACAACUUUAUUAUUAUCCUUAAUUAUUAUUAUUAUUAUGUUAAUUAUUAUUAUAACCAACAUUUUAUGGGUCAUCAGCUGUUCCCAACACCAGCUCCUCUCCUGCCUCACUCCUCUCCCCUCCUCUCUCCUCCCCUCUCACUCCUCUCUCCUCUAUCUCCUCUCUCUCCUCUCCCUCCUCUCCCUCCUCUCCUCUCUCUCCUCUCUCCCUCUCACUCCCCUCCUCUCUCUCCUCUCUCCUCUCUCUCCUCUCACUCCUCUCCCCUCCUCUCUCCUCUCUCCCCUCCUCUCUCCUCUCUCCUCUCCUCUCACUCCUCUCCUCUCUCCUCUCCUCUCUCUCCCCUCCUCUCUCUCCUCUCUCCUCCCCUCUCUCUCCUCUCUCCUCUCUCUCCUCUCCCCUCCUCACUCCUCUCUCCUCUCUCCUCUCUCCUCUCCUCUCCUCUCACUCCUCUCCCCUCUCUCCUCUCCCUCCUCUCCCUCCUCUCUCCUCUCACUCCCCUCCUCUCUCU